AGACGAUUGUCUAGAGCAAGGCACGCAGGGAAAAUACGAUGGAUAUCGACGCACACCAAACGAAAAUUCCAUCCAGUGAAAAACGUAGUGAUCAUUUUCAAAAGGCUUCAUCGUUGCUGUCUGUUGCAGCCAUCAUGAUGACGGUUGCUCUCUUUGUAAGAACGGAGACAAACAUGAAAAUUCUGGAUUCAAAAUUUACGCAGAAAAUUCAAGAAAUGGGAGAUUCUCUAGAUUCUUUAAGGGUUGCUCGCCAAGUCCUUCUAACAGACUCAGACAUUUCCAAAGGUAUGGAACACAAAGUCAACAUAGUUCGUCGCAGCUUAACUUCCAAUGAGAGCGACUCCGUUAAUGAAGCAGAAGCCGACAAUGGAUUCAAGAAGUACGUGACUUCUAUUGUGACUGAGUCCAUAGGGACCUACUGCCUCUCCCCCGGUAAAGUCUGUGUGGCAGGCCCUCGUGGACUAAAAGGAACUCCGGGAAAUCGCGGUAGACGGGGUCCAAAAGGAACUAAGGGAGAAACGGGAACGAAAGGAUUUAUGGGACCACCUGGCAAAUCUGGAAAACAAGGAAUAAAAGGAGAUGUUGGGAAUCCUGGAAUUAAAGGAGAUAAAGGUGACAAAGGGGUUCCUGGACAUCCAGGACCGAAAGGUGAACCAGGCCAGUCCUUAUCUGCUCCAGACGUAAAUGUAUCUCCUGUCUCACUCACAGUCACCGAGAACCAGACCGCCAUCUUUCAUUGCUCAGCGACUGGUCAUCCGAAGCCUAAAGUCUCCUGGAGAAAAAUAAAUGGUGCUGAACUGGUGACAACAGACGGUCCCGAUACUGCACUUCAUGUCAGAACUGCAGGUUAUAAUGACUCAGGAAGUUAUAUGUGCACAGCUACAAGUGUCUUAGGAAAAGCUCAGAAGAUGGCGAAACUUUAUGUAGAAGGUUAGCAGUUUGAUAUACAGAUUUUUGUAUUAACCCCUAAGAACGAUACCGGCAACCCUUGGCGAUGAAAUUCCCUUUCUAAGCAGUUUUCGGUAUCAGUGGUUAUGAACCUCCUUCAUCUAGUCAGGAAUAAAGCGGAAUUAAACAUUGAACGGGAACGCACGAUGGCGCUCGGUCGGCUUAUUUGCAGCUCUGCUUGCAAGUUUCGUUUACGUUCUUUGCUGUUCAUUUAUUUCAAUAGUCAAAGUUGGUGCUUUGUGGGGGAGUAAUAUU